CUACUCUCUCACUCUUAUCUCGCACACAAAGUUUCUCCAUAUAACCUGUAACAGCCUGUUCGGGUAAAUGCUGUUAGCGAGCACCUAUACUGCGCACGCAUGUACGUGCGUGCACGCACGUAUAGCCGCAUGCACACACGCACGCAGCUAACAAUCUACACGCAGAGUGCGGCAUAUCAUUCUAUCAAUUACCAUAAACAUUAACUAGAGGCGACUUGUGCCAACAAAGUGAGGUGUACCUUUAGUCAGACGAUGGCUCCAGGGGCGUUCCCUUCGCCAGUCGCUUGCGAAAGAUCGUGUUUGGCACCGACUGCGCACAAUCGUGGCAGGCAGCAUGGCCACAGGAUCACCGUGGCCGCAGCGAGGAGGCAUGUGACCAGACUGGUCGAGUGCUGCAACUAAGAAGCGCUUUGUCCAUGGCGAGAACCAAGGCAUGUGAUACCCGCCUUUACAGCGAAGGGUGCCUUCCCUCCAGGAGGAGUGUCUUGAGGGCCUGGCCGGGAGCGGUUGCCUGCGACAGUCUCGUCUGUGACCCUGGGCCUCCCUUCAUCAUCUUGUCUGCCUCUCAGUCUCUCAUCUCAUGGUCAGGUUAGUCCACAUUUUUCUAACUUCACCUGCCUCUACUGCCACAUUCAUCCCCUUACCGAGUUCAUCUCUCGCCAAGUAAAAGCAUUUUCCCUAGUUUAUCCAUAUGACCAUUUCAUCCAACGUUCUCCCCAAGCUCGUCGUAACCGUACAAGUGCCAUGGCCUGGCCUGUGCAUGCUCUCACGUGCGUCUUUGGUGUGGCGUCGUGGGUCGCCAUCAACGGGAUGUGGGUGGAGCUGCCCGUCAUCGUGCCGCAGAUCCCUGAGGGAUGGUACCUGCCCUCCUACCUCACGGUGCUCAUCCAGCUCGCCAACGUGGGCCCACUCGCCAUCACGCUCGCACACCGCUUCCGGCCGGGCUGCCUGGACGAGGUACCCCUCAUCUACGCAAUUUUGGCGUUAGGUGCCGUAGCUUGCCUCCUGUUGGCGUUCCUCUGGGACCGCACAACGGUGAUCGCCGGCGCGGAUCGGAGCACGGCGCUGCUGGCGCUCACCUUCUUCCUGAGCCUCGUCGACUGCACCAGCUCCGUCACCUUCCUGCCUUUCAUGAUGCGCCUGCAGCCGGGCUACAUGACGUCCUACUAUGUGGGCGAGGGCCUCAGCGGUCUGCUGCCGGGCCUCGUGGCCCUCGGGCAGGGCGCCGGCUUCUCGACCUGCGUCAACGUUUCCAUCGCCGACGCCAACGGAACGGCGGGCGACAACGGAACCUCGAUUUACGAGGUGCAGACGGAGUACCGGGCAGCCAACUUCUCUCCGCGGGUCUUCUUCCUCAUUUUGUGCGGCAUGAUGGCUGCCUCCAUGGCCGCCUUCGUGAUGCUCAACCACCUCCCGCUGGCUCGGCGCGAGUACUCACACGAGGGACUCCAGAAGCUGGGCAGCCUAAGGCACGGCGAGGUAACCGCCGCAGGCCCCAGAGAACCAUCUCAGCGGGAGUCCAACGGCGCGAGCCUGGAGCCGAGCGCGCUGGAGGCGACGCACACCUUCGACGUUCUUGAUUCGCCGUCCAUCGCGGAGUACGUGGGGUUGUGCGUUGGCAGGACGGACGCGAGCUCCAGUCGCUCGCUCUCUCGUCUCGAGUUCGUCGCCAUCUUCCUCAUCCUGGCCUGGGCCAACGGGCUGACCAACGGGGUGCUGCCCUCCGUGCAGUCCUACUCGUGCCUGCCCUACGGCAACACGGCCUACCACCUGAGCGCCACGCUGGCCGCCCUGGCCAACCCCAUCGCCUGCUUCGUCGCCGUCUUCAAGCCCAGCCGGUCACAGCUGGUCCUGUCCAUGCUGACCCUGCUGGGCUCUGUCUUUGGUGCUUACAUCCUGGCCAUGGCCGUCAUGAGUCCGUGUCCUCUGCUGCUCGGCACAGACGCGGGCACCAUCCUCAUAGUGUUGGCCUGGGUGCUGUUCACGGGCGCGCUCUCCUACGUGAAGGUCAUGGUGGGGGUGGUGCUGCGCGACCAGGGGCACUCGGCGCUGCUCUUCUGCGGCGCCGUGGAGCAGCUCGGCUCGGCCGUGGGCGCCCUCGCCAUGUUCCCCCUCGUCAACGUCUACGGCGUCUUCACGGCCGGGGAGCCCUGCGGGGGGGCGCCGUGCGGCGGGGCCUGACCACUCGUCACCCACCUCGCUCACCUCCUCACCUCCUCACCCACCCACCUCACCCACCCCGCUCACCUCACCUCCUCACCCACCCCGCUCACCUCGCUCACCCACCUCACCCACCCCGCUCACCUCGCUCACCCACCCCGCUCCCCACCUCAUCCACCUCACCUCCUCACCCACCUCACCCACCUCCUCACCUCCUCACCCAC